AUGGGCUCGCUCGAUUAUGCUACGUUUGCACAUCCAGCCUUUGAUGCAAACGAGUAUGCAAACGCUAUCCUCGCAGCCCAGCCGUAUAGGAUCCCGAACACAUCAAAUCAACUAGAGUCAGGUUUCAAGACCACAGGACUUAUAGAGGGCGGUAACAAGGAAGAAAUAUCUGUGGCGCUUGCCAAACUCAGCUUUGGAAUCGAUGAUGUGAACCGACAGUUGAAGAAUGUCAUCAACGCACAUCACGAAGGGUUAUUGUCGCGGGCAGCCUCUGUCAACCAACUUGAAGGCAAUCUACUUCAAGUGAAUGCUGGUCUGAAGGAUAUUUCGGGUAGUGUCAACAGGCUAAGGAGUAAACUAUCAAUACCAUAUGGCGCCCUGCAAGCUCAUGUCGCUCGGUUGCAAAAGCUCCAGGUUGCCUCAGAUGUAUUACGACGGGUGUCCCGGUUUUUCAUGAUUAGCCGCCGUCUCGAAGCACAAAUGGCGGCAUUGGAGCAGGCUUCAACUUCAAACAUGAAUGUAUCGAAACCCACCACCCCAGCGUCACCGACUAAUGGGUCUAGCACCCCAACUACUGCUUCCAUCUCAGGCGUGAUAGAAGGCAAUGAAGCGGUGGACAAGGAGAGAGAGCGUACCAUUAUAAAGGCGGCUCUCAGUAUUGCCGAGAUUUAUGCGUUGAUAGACGCAGAGUCUCAACAAAGUAAACAGUCUGACAAUCCGGAGGCAACCAACGAUGACUUACCGUCCAUAUCGUUGCGAUCUAUCACUGCUGUCUCGUCCCACCUGUCGAAUGUUCAAACAGCACGCGAAAGGAUCAUGAAUGAGAUGGAGGCCAUGUUAGUCACAGGCGUCCAGGAGCUCAACCGACCGCUUUUGUCUUCUGCUCUUCUGACUGCGUCUAACCUUCGAGUACUACCUGAGACAGUGCAAAGCAUUGUAACAGACCUUGUAGAGGUCGCAGAAAACAGAAUCAAAGAAGCCUUUGAUAUGGCUGCACUUGGACGUGAAAAGGGUCUCAAAGAAACCUCGGCCGUUACCUCUGCAGCAUCUAACCUUCUCUACAAAUCACGAGUGCGGACGGAGCCCACAAAUUUGACAGCUCCACAGUGGACGAAUGCUUUCUGGACUCGACUUGAGAACAUGAUAUCACACCUAAGCGAGGCAUGCAUCAAAGUGUAUACACUCGAAAAGGUUCUCAGUCUACAACGAGAAGCUGCAUCGGAGAGAACUUUUCUCGAUGCUGCUAUGACUGUUUUGGAGAACAAGCCGAGCUCAAUAUACUGGAGUACUGUUGCCAGGAUGCUCGAGAGGAGUUGUCGAGACGGUGCCAAAGGCUCCUCUUUCCUGACGCAGACUUUAACGAGCCAGUACCCUAAGCUUCUCCGUUUGUUCCAGGAUUUCUUCUCGCGAAUAUCGGUCCACACCGAUACCACGUAUACGCAGUCCUACCAGUCUCCCGAAACGGUGUUGACACUACGAGCCGUAUCAACCUUUGAAGCCGCAUAUCUCCAGCGUUCCACAAACCGCCUCAAUGAGCUCAUCAGCUCGACCUUUGCGACUUCCGCAUCUGCCUACUACGGUGGAGGAACAUACGUUACGGGUGGAGGCUAUAUGGCCUCGUCGCAGUCUAGCAGUCGUCCGCCACCGAAUGAGAAGGAGGGUGUUGCCAUUGCCCGAGUCGUUGCGAACGAGCUGGAUACUGCAAAGUUUGAUCCGCUCUUGGUCAAAGCGUGUGCACGCGGUGUCGUGACCAGUUUGGACAUGAUGUGUACCAGAGUAGAAAACUUGGCUGCAAAGGAUCGCAAUGCUGUGACGCUGAUAGGUCCAAACUCCACGAUACAACAAAUGCUGAACGCUGCCCUUGUCAACUCGGUCUAUCAUUGUUGGUUGCAACUCUCCAAGAUUCCAGACAGCUAUUCAGACGCGGUGCUCAAGAUUCUCGAGCCUGCGGUGUCUGCCCUCCAGGCUACAUAUCUCAAGAUUACCGACCCUCUCAUGAACGCUAUACGGCUGGACACAAGCGCCAUCCUCGCUCGCGUACAUCGAUUGAGCUUUGCAGACGACGGUGUGGACCCGAUAUCCCGAGGUGGCGAGGGUUCAAGUCCAUACCUCAAAGAGCUCGCCGAGAAAUUAAUGUUUAUACGACUAGAAGUUCUGUCCAAGUACAAUGUCGGCGAACUGGGACAAGAAUGGACCCUAGAAAUCGCAAGACACAUCCUCAAAACUUUCAUUCUGCAUUUAUCCAUCAUCAAGCCUCUGGGAGAGGCCGGAAAACUCCAGCUCAUCCCGGAUAUGACGGGGCUCGAAUUUGCUCUCAAUACGCUUCUAUUCGAAGGUGUGGCUCAGGGUACGACAAAGCCUAAGUGGCGAUUGGAUGUGUUGGGCCACGAUUAUUAUGCACUUCGCUCUUUACGUCAGUUGAUCUUCCUCGAUGACAAUGACCUCGCGAAGCCCGAACGAACGGGAGACUCCCCACCCCUGAUCGUUCUCCAUCACAUUCUUGUUCGAUCUCCCUUACCGUUACCUCACAAGCUGCACGGCUGGCAGGAGACGCAAUAUGUGAGAUUUAUCGAAGAACACACCAGCGAGGAGAUUUGGAGUGUCCUCGAGCAGGGACUUAAACAUUGGCGAACCACAAUCCUCUCCGACAUUGAAGAUGCAGAGGAUGCCGGUCCUGCUGGACUGGCGAAGAAGCAGGAAAAGGAAAAAGAGCUCGCAGCCGGAGAUGCAUAUGUCCGUUUGGCCACAAAAGUCCUCCAAAACGCACGAACGGGACGAGUUAGGCCCGGUAUUUAG